AUCCCACCAUUUUACCAGAGCGAAAAAUUCAGUGAGGCAAUCUAAAAAAAAAGAGUGAUUUUAAUUUUUUUUUCUUCCCCCUCUCUAACAUCCCGCUUCUUGAGAUCCCUUUCUGUCAUCGUCUGUCUUUCAAGAAAUUUUCAGAGAUUUUAAAAACGGUUUGUUUUUCUUGGUUUUGGGUUUUGAUUAAUACUGAAAUUUUCGUUAAAAACAAGCCAGAUUACAGGUGGUGGUUGAUUUUUUGAAAGCCAGGUGAUUCAGAAUAGAGAUCCAUUUUUAUUUUUUUUUUAGCUUGAUUAUAGUAUAAAUCUUUUGAUUAAAACAACCAGGAGGGUCUGUUUUUCUAUCCCUCAGGUUCUUGAUUUUCUGCAGGGUUUCUUGUUUUGUGAUCUUUUGAUUUUCUUCAGAUCUCUGUUUUUUCUGUGUGUGUUUUGACUUUUGAGAAGCCAUGGCAGCAGCUAUAGAUAUAUACAAUAGCAGCAGUCCCGUAUAUAUAGAUCCCUUUAGAGAAGAACUCAUGAAGGCACUUGAACCUUUUAUGAAAGGUGCUUCUUCUCCUCCCCCUUCUUCUUCUUCUUUUUCAUCUUCUUCUCCCCCUUCUUCUUCUUCCUCGUACUAUCCGUUUGAAUCUUCUUUCUCAACGGAUCCAUAUCUGUACCAUGAAUUUACCCCGAUCCCGGCGGCCGCCGGGAUGUUUUCGGGUUUUGAGAGUAUGGGGUUUGAGCAAAGAGGUCCGAUUGGGCUAAACCAGCUCACCCCAUCUCAGAUCCUUCAAAUUCAAGCCCAGAUCCAUCUGCAAAACCAGGAACAAUCCUUAGCUUCAUCCUCUGUUGUUCUUCCUCGGCAACAACCGAGCUCCUGUUUGAGCUAUCUCGGACCCAGACCCGUCCCGAUGAAGCAAACCGGAGCCCCGAAUAAACCCACGAAGCUUUACCGGGGCGUGAGGCAGCGGCACUGGGGGAAAUGGGUUGCGGAGAUUAGACUUCCCAGGAACCGGACGAGGCUGUGGCUUGGAACGUUCGACACGGCGGAAGAAGCCGCCUUGGCUUACGACAAGGCGGCGUAUAAGCUGAGAGGGGAGUACGCGCGGCUGAAUUUCCCGAAUCUCCGGCACCAGCUCAGCCAGGAUUUCGCCGACUUUAAGCCGCUGCCUUCCUCCGUCGACGCCAAGCUUCAAGCCAUUUGCCAGAACCUGGCGGAGUCGCAGAAACAGGGGAGCUCGAAGGCCUCUCAGACAAAGCGGACGAAGAACAAACCGGAAAGCAAUAACAUCAAAGCGGAAUCGGGUUCAUCUUCAGAUUCCCCUGCGCUCUCCGAGGAAUCUUCGCCGGAAUCCGACAUCACGUUCUUGGAUUUCCCCGAGCCCUCGUUCGAGGAAUCCGAGAAUUUCUCGCUUCAGAAGUUCCCGUCGGUGGAGAUCGAUUGGUCAGCGCUGUGAUUAUAAAUUUCAUAGCUUUUUUUUUUUUUUUUUUUUUUUUUCUUCAGUGAGAGUCAAGGUAUGUAAGGGUCACACUGCAAUGGAAUUUUUGACAUGUGCAGUGGGUGAGUCAGGAAAAGAAUAGUAGUCUUUUAUUAAUGUCUUAUGUUAAUAUUUUAAUGUAACUUUGUAAGGUGUCUGUCUCCUUGGUCAGGCUGUUGUUUUUGUUAUGCCAUGAUCAAGGAGACUUUGUAAUGUGUCUGUUUGUUUAGAAACUUAAUGUAUGACUUAUGUUUAUUACUGCA